AUGGCCACCGGUCGCAAACCCCAGAGUGUCCACGACGCGUGGGCAGUCACCAAUACCGAUACUGCGUUUGCAUUUAACAAUGAAGUAGGCGUUCAGAUGACCCACACGAGUAACGGGUGGCUCUCUGGCAACCUGCCUCUCUUCGCUGUGAAAUCAACCUUUCCUUUCGUAGGAAUGCCCAUGAUCCCACGGGAUCUAUCGCUGGACGGCCACAGCGUCUAUGUCUAUAUCUCCAAGGGUCCAUACGUGGUUACGGAGCUCGAUGAUCCCGUCACCAAUAGCCAGGUGAUUACCGAGGUCGUCGAGAACAACGACAGCGCGCAGACCAAGCAUUUCGAGUUCAGCUAUUCCAAGACCACUAGCCAAAGCACCAGUCUUACGGUCAGCGAGACUACAGGGCUCAAGGUUGAAUCGAAGGUCGAGAUUGAUGGCUUCUCCUUCGGCGUGGAGGCGAGCUUCGACAAGACUCGCACAUCCGAGAACAGCCAGACGUUGAGCUCCACCACCACCGUGACCGAAUCGACCGAGAUCUCGCCCCACACCAAGUUCCACUACAAGGUCAUUGAGAAGACGACCACCACCCAGACGCUGUACGGCCUCGAUUUCCGCAUUGGUAGCGAGGUCGCGAAAGACGGCACGGUGACUGGAGGCAUUGCGAAGGCUACCCAAUUUGGGCGAGAUUCUAACCUCAGUCACCUUUCCAAUUGUGACCGCUUCUUCCCCGUCGAGCAGCUUGCCAACACAACCCAGACCGCCAAGUAUCAUGUCACUACCACGAAGCUGCUCACGAGGAUCGAAACGAACAAUCCGACCUCUGAUACUUAG